UAUUUAUAUUGUUGACAGCCCUUUGUGGAAAAGGUGACUUGAAUACCCGUUUUUGUCAGGAAAAAUUGAUAAGAUUCUUUUGAUUAGUGAAAUAGCAAAAUGACUUCAGAGUUAGAUCAUUGGAUUGAAAUUACAAAACAGUGCAAAUAUCUGCCCGAGAAUGACUUGAAGAAGCUGUGUGAUUUGGUUUGUGAUCUUCUAAUUGAAGAGUCCAAUAUUCAACCUGUAAGCACACCAGUCACCGUAUGUGGAGACAUCCACGGGCAGUUCUAUGAUCUGGAAGAGCUUUUUCGCACUGGAGGACAUAUUCCGGACACAAAUUACAUCUUCAUGGGCGAUUUCGUUGACCGUGGUUAUUACAGCCUGGAAACGUUCACCCGUUUGCUGACGUUAAAAGCACGAUACCCGGAGAGAAUCACUUUACUUCGAGGUAAUCACGAGUCACGACAAAUCACCAAAGUGUAUGGAUUUUACGACGAAUGUUACACAAAGUAUGGAAAUGUAAAUCCGUGGAAGUAUUGCUGUCGGGUGUUUGAUCUCUUAACAAUCGCUGCGUUGAUCGACGAGGAAGUUCUUUGUGUACACGGCGGGCUUAGUCCGGAGAUAAGAACAUUAGACCAAAUCCGAACGAUCAAUCGGGACCAGGAGAUUCCCCACAAGGGCGCUUUCUGUGAUUUGGUGUGGUCCGAUCCGGAAGAUAUCGAAACGUGGGCCGAGAGUCCUCGAGGAGCCGGCUGGUUAUUCGGCGUAGACGUUACGUUUGACUUCAUGUACAUUAAUAAAUUGGAGUUGAUCUGCCGGGCGCACCAGUUGGUUCACGAAGGAAUAAACUACUUGUUCAAUCGUAAGUUGGUUACGGUUUGGUCUGCCCCGAACUAUUGCUACCGCUGCGGCAAUGUGGCGGCAAUACUUAAGUUUCAAACUGCGGAUGAUUCGGCGGUAGAGAUAUUUAAGGCAGUGCCGGACAACGAACGAGUUAUGCCGAGCCAACGUGUUACACCGUACUUUCUGUGAAGAUAAUCUAGUAUUCUUAUAAAAUAUAACCAAUGAAAAGAAAAUAAAUUGUUGCUUUGUGUAAAAA